GCAAACUCUGUGAUACUGCUAGCCAAGUUCUGGCUUUAGAACCCUGUUUGAAUUAAAAAAGAACCCUGGCUGAGAAAGGGGUUCAACUAAUGCUUGGAUCUGUGUUUCAGGGCUUCUGGAUUUAGUAUUUAUGGGCCAUUACAGAAAUAAGUUAGGGCAGUAACCUUUUCACCUGAUACCAAAGUUCAGUGAAUUUUGGAUCUGGGAUUCUGACUUGGGCCUAUCCAUGUCAUUUAUAUACUAUCUUGCAUCUCUAUUACUUAAUAAUAGACCUUAGAGACUUACAAGAAAAACAACUUCUGAACCACGCUGCUGAGAGGGAGAAAAGGAAAUUCUCCAGGAAAGGCAAGCAUGAUGGAGACUCAUCUGGGUUCAAGUCUCAGAAGAAACUUCAGGUGGCCAUUUGCCUGCUGUUGAUGGAGCUGUGUGAGAGGUUCACUUUCUUUGGUAUUGUCUGCAACAUGAUUCUCUUUUGCACUAUCAAACUUGGCUAUCCCAACUACCAAGCAGCCAUCAUAAAUAUGUGCUUUGUAGGUGCCUCCAUGUUAUCACCUGUGUUUAUGGGUUGGCUUGCUGAACAUCUGGUGGGGAGGAUCAAGCUGGUGUAUAUCUCCAUAUUUCUCCACUUUCUAGGUACAGCCCUACUACCUGUUGUUGCCUUCCCCUUUGAAGAUUUUUAUACAGACAGACACUAUAUCAUUCACCCGCUAGCCAAAAAGGAGCAGAAAAUACUCUUCUACUUUGGGCUAAUAACAGCCUGCUUUGGAUCAGGAGGCAUAAGAGCUGUAGUUUGUCCACUGAGUGCAUACAACCUUGAGGACUUUGAACCAAAGGAACUUCUUUCUUUUUUCAAUUGGUUUUAUUGGCUGGUUAACUUAAAUUCAGCAGUUGUCUUUGUUAGCAUUUCUUAUAUCCAGCAAUCUGUGGCCAAGAACCUUGGUUUUCUUAUCCCAUUUGUGUCUGUGCUUAUGGCCCUAAUCACAAUUCACAUGGUGCGCAGUGAAAUGAUUUACCAGCCCAAAAAAGGUAGUUCCCAGCUGACCACCUUUGGGGUAGUUGCUAAUGCACUGAAAAUGUGCUGUGUGAGAUACCGCCACCUUAGUGGAGAUGUGCCAAGCUGGUUAGAUCAUGCCAAGGAAAACUAUGGUGGCUGGUACAGUGAGACUCAUGUGGAAAGCACUAAGUUGCUUGUCAGGCUCUUUCCGCUCUUUGCAUUUCAAAUUCUAUAUAGAAUGUGCAUCAUGCAGAUUCCUUCAGGAUAUUAUCUCCAGACCAUGAAUUCCAACUUGAAUUUGAAUGGAUUUCUCUUGCCAAUUGCAGCAAUGAAUGUGAUAAGCAUCAUACCCUUAUUAAUUCUUGCUCCUGUUUUGGAAUGCAUCAACACUCAUCUAUUGAGUUCCAAGAGAGGCAGACGCUCUCCAACAGUUUACAUUAGAACUGAGGAUGUAAAACAGCUGCUGCUAAUGCUAGACAUUUUUAAAUCAGCAGAUCAAGAUAACUUGUAUCCAGGACUUUUAAAAGAGCUGUCUGAGAAGCUUUCUGGACCAUUAGUGAUGAUUUUCAAUAACUUUUGGAAUACUAUAGAAGUUCCAGAGGAUUGGAAGAAAGCUAAUGUUCCAAUAUAUAAAAAGGUUGUUGGUUAUUUCUCUGCGGCUCUGUCUGUGAUGGUCGCUGGAUUUUCUGAAAUACACAGGAAACACUUCCCUCAGAUGGAACAGACUCUGUCAGGCAAGGUGCUUCCAGUUUCCUCCAUGCCUUGUUUUCAUCUGGCUCCUCAGUACAUUUUACUUGGAGUGGCUGAAGCUUUGGUAACUCCCACCUGUUCCUUACUAACAUUCAGGCUUGUGCCAGGCAGAAUUCGAGGGAUUGCAAUGCACUUUUUGACCGUCUUCAAUGGAGCUGGUUGUUUUAUGGGAGCCUUUAUUGUUCAGACAACAUACAUAGGCUCUCAAGGCAAUUGGUUCCCAAACUUCCUAAAUGAGGGUAACUUGGAGAGAUUCUACUUCUUCUUGGCUUCAUUAAUGGUGGUGAACACCUUGGGGUUCUGGACCAUUUCACACAGAUACAGCAAUCUGAAUCAAGAAUAUGACCAAGGGUUCAGAGGAAGCAUCCUUGACAAGAAACUUCUGCAGCAUGAAAAUUCUCCCAAGUUUUAUGACAGUGUCCUACAAUAUUCUUCCACUUUGUCUCCUAUGGAGACAGCCCUAUAAAAUUUUACCCUUAAUUGACAGACCUGGCAUCAGAGUGCAGUCUACCUGCUUUGUUGCAGUCAGUCAUCUGGAAUAUUUUAAUGAAACUGCCUAUGUAUUUACGAAUGGCCUUAGCAAUAAUACCGAUUUGUUGUUAUAUUUUUUACCAAGUACCACAAACAACUGCAAGCUUAGGGCCUGUCCCUGUAGCUGCUCCAGCAGCAUAAUUCCGGUUGCUGUCAAUGACAGCUCCACAAGCAAAAUGGCUACAGAGCAGAGCCUUUUAAAUGGUGAGGGGAAACGUAUAAUGUGUUAACAUAUGUAUUUAAUUAUGGCUUAAACCGAAUAAAGUCACUUAGAAAUUUGUUUAGCAAA